CAUACUUCUCUGCUUUUAUGAAUGGUAGUUAAAAGAUGUAUUGCCAUUCUCGCGAUAUCAUGGCUACCGCUAGUCUUUGCCAUAGGAUGGCGACCUCCUAGACUAGGUUCUUGGGUUUUGGAACCCACUGAAAGUACAGACUGCAAAUAGCUGGGGCUGCACUUUAUAUUGUCUUUAUUAUAUUUACUUGCUGCUCCUCGAUCCAGCACAAAUUUCGGAUAUUCGGAUUUUAAUUCUGAACGAUAUCGAUAAAAAUCCCGCAUAUUCAUCCUCUCCGUAUUUCACCAAUGAUGUACACAGGGCUAUCAAGCCUUCAUUAUUAUUUGGAAUUGCCGAUCUCACAAGAGGCCUGAAUUGCCAUAACUGGUGUCAAGACAUUGAGACAUGUCCCCCCCCCCCAAUGACUGGUCUUCGGCCUUAUCCUUGUGCGCCCAAUCGCUCACCAUUGCAUGCAAAUCUGGGAAUAUUCUCGACAUGCAUACUGCCCAGGUACUGACCCAGAUAUUGCCGGUCUUCAUGAAUGAACCACCGGAUGACGAAAUUGAGGACAGUUAUGUGUUCGGUGAUAAUGCAA